AUGUCUGUUGUACCAUUCUCUAACCACUGCCUGUCUCUUUUGAUAGCAUCUGAUUCCUUCGAAGAUUUGGGCAUAGCAGUGUCUAAAACACACAUUAUGGAUUGGUGGGACUCCAAACGCUUCAAAGUCUCUGUAGCUGGUAAAGAUAACCAACCAAGCGCCGUCAACAUCACCUGCACACCAGUUAUGUCCUGGGUUCAUCGUGCACUGCUAGAUAGUGUACGACUCUUCCGGGGCAUAAAGGCGAAAAGAGCUGUGGGGAUGCAUUGGGCGACAUGGGUAUCAACGGGCAAGGACGUCCUAGAGCCACCUAAUCAUCUGGCAGAGGAGUGCAAAAAACUUGUAAUCGAUGACGACACCUUCACAGAGUGA